CCCCUUUGAAGUGCCUCCGUGCGGGAGCAAGCCGCAGACAUGAAGAUGGCGGCUGCCGGACACAUGAUGAGUUUGGCCGCCCUGCAGAGACAAGAUCCUUACAUCAACAAACUGCUCGACCUCACCGGACAGGUGGCGCUUUAUAACUUCAACUCCACAACCAACCAGUGGGAGAAGACAGAAAUUGAGGGGACACUGUUUGUGUAUACAAGGUCUGCUUCUCCGCACCAUGGCUUCACCAUCAUGAACCGCCUGAGUGCUGACAACCUGGUAGAACCCAUCAACAAAGACCUGGAGUUCCAGCUGCAGGACCCUUUCCUGCUUUACAAAAACGCCAACAUGGGCAUCUACAGUAUUUGGUUCUACGACAAGAGGGACUGCCAUCGCAUAGCUCAGCUGAUGGUCCAGAUUGUCAAACUUGAAGCCGACCACGCACACAGACAAUCCCCAGUGAAGGCGAAGCCCAGGCCGACCAAUGGUGUAGCAGAAGCGCGACCCAUGGGAAUCCUGGAGCUGCUGAGCAAAGCCAAGGAGGAAUACCAGAGGGCGCAGUCAUGUGACGCUGAUGCACCUACAGAACCGAAUGCCACGGCAGCUUCAGCUUCAGACCACACCUCCCAGCAGUCUGAUAAGAAGACUCAUACAAUGGUGAAGCAGAUUACGGUGGAGGAGCUUUUUGGCUCGCCCAUCCUUAAGGACCCCCCUCUGCCCGCCAUGCCCACUAAAAAUGUCACGUCUGCUUCCGGUGACCCCUCAGCUACUUACCCCCAGAACCAACCCUACCCCCAUGCGGCACACCAGAACCCUCUCCGUGGUCCCCACGUGGCCGCCCAGGAUCUUGGGCCACAGCAGGUGCACCAAGGCCACGGCCUGCUGCCGGCCCCUUACGCAAUACAUCACAACCCUGUUUUCCAAUCGGCGGUCCCCAGGCCCGACCCCCAGUCCCUCUGUUCGCUCUCUCCUCUCAUGGUGCCUCCAGAGGUUCGAACUACUCCCGCUGGGCCUGCAGCUCCCCGGGCUUAUAUGGAGCAGGAUAUUCUCAACUCGCUCAAAACGUCAACGCAGUCGCUCAAUGUGGAAAUCCACAAGCCUGUGCUGGCGCCCAAUUUCCUGCCAAGCACUCUGGUGCCACCUCACAGCUUCCAAGAACAUCCAGCGGUCCUCCAACUCACACAAGACCGGGAUGUUCAUUCAAAGCCCCCAAACCUGAUAAAACCUGUUUCAGCUAUUCCUAUGAGUCCCGGUCUUGCCGUUCCUAGGCCGGACUCCUCCGUGCUGCUCUCCCCCAGCGCCUUUCAGCAGUCUCUCAGCAAGAUGGCAGCUGCAGCUGUGGUCCCUGCAUCCCCUUCGGAACACCUGGGCACCUCUGUAGGGGCUGUGGAGCCUUCGCAGCACCCCUGCAGCAAAGUCCAGCUGCAAGAGACACUCAUACACCUCAUCAAGAACGACUCAGCCUUCCUGGGAACCAUUCACGACGCCUACCUGCAGAACCUGUCCAAGGACUUGAGCGCCAUGAAGCUCUGAUGGUCUUCAACAAGCAGGUGCUCAUGGGAGAUGUGGACCCUCCUCUUCACUUCUUUCUUGUUGCUGUCUUCAAAGGACAGGAUGACUCUUUUCCUUUCCCACUUGUACCUUUGACCUCACCUGCUGGACUCAUUGGCCCUUAGGCUGCUGGACUUACUGGCCCUUUGGCUGCUGGACUCACUGGCUCUUUGGCUGCUGGCUUCUCUAGAAGUUCUUCAAGAAGGAAGCAUUUUUUCUCUCUUGCUUUUCAAAUGAGGACCUUUGAUGAAAACUUUUUUUAAGCUUGCCUUCACACUUGCCCUCUAUUUCAUAAGAAUACUAGUGCAACACUACAGUAUUUGCCCCUAAUGAUAGUACAACACUGCAGUAUUUGCCAGUAAUGAUAGUACAACACUGCAGUAUUUGCAGCUAAUGAUAGUACAACACUGCAGUAUUUGCCCCUAAUGAUAGUACAACGCUGCAGUAUUUGCACCUAAUGAUAGUGCAACACUGCAGUAUUUGCAGCUAAUGAUAGUACAACACUGCAGUAUUUGCAGUUAAUGAUAGUACAAUACUGCAGUAUUUGCCCUUAAUGAUAGUACAACACUGCAGUAUUUGCAGCUAAUGAUAGUACAACACUGCAGUCAAGCUGAAGUUAUAAGUUGACAAAGCAUGCAAAGAUAAAACAAAACAUGUUCUAGUAGUCUUUUAUACUAAAUUAUGUAAUAUUAUAUACUGAACUAUAUAAUUAUAUUAUAUAUUCAACUUUAUGAUAUUACAUACUCAACUAUAUCAUGAUAUUAUUAUAUAUUCAACUAUAUAAUGAUAAUAUAUUUCUAUAUUCCACUAUAUAAUAUUAUUAUAUAUUCCACUAUAUAUUAUUAAUUCCACUAUAUAUUAUUGUAUAUUCCACUAUGUAAUGAUAAUAUAUAUAUAUAUAUAUUCCACUAUAUAAUGAUGUUUCUAUA